CACUGCCCAACAAUUAAUUUAUUAAUUACUAGUAAUAUAGCUUAAUUAUAAUUAAUUUAAUUUACAUCGGCAGCUUCAGUGAUGGCAAAAAUUGCCUUUGGAACCUUCCAGGAGGCCUACCAGCCCGACUGCCUCCGCGCCCUCGUCGUCGAGUUCAUCGCCACCUUCCUUUUUGUAUUCGCAGGCGUCGGCGCCGCCAUGGCCUCCGAUAAGCUGAAUGGGGAUCCUCUGGUGGGGCUGUUCUUCGUGGCCAUGGCGCAUACCCUAGUGGUGGCCGUCAUGAUCUCCGCCGGAUUCCGCAUCUCCGGCGGCCACCUCAACCCCGCCGUCACCAUCGGCCUCUGCGCCGGCGGCAAUUUCACCGUCGUUAGAUCUCUUCUGUAUUGGAUCGAUCAGCUGCUGGCUUCUGUAGCUGCAUGUGCUCUGCUCAAUUUCGUCACCGGAGGACUGGCUACGCCAAUUCAUUCACUGGCAAGUGGAGUGGGAAGCUUGCAAGGGGUAUUAUUGGAAAUAAUUCUGACGUUUUCGCUGCUGUUCACGGUGUACGCGACGAUGGUGGACCCCAAGAAGGGCAACCUUGAUGGGCUCGGCCCACUUCUUACUGGGCUCGUGGUUGGGGCCAAUAUUAUGGCUGGCGGGCCGUUUUCGGGCGCCUCCAUGAACCCAGCAAGGUCCUUUGGGCCGGCCUUUAUUAGCGGAGACUGGACCGACCAUUGGGUUUAUUGGGUUGGGCCGCUAAUUGGAGGUGGGCUUGCUGGAUUUAUUUAUGAGAAUUUCUUUAUUGUCAGGUCUUAUGUUCAGCUGGCCGGAGAAGAUACUUUCUAGUCCAUAAAUGUCAAUUCCGUCUGGAUUUAUAAUGUCUUUUUUCAGUUUUCCGUGGAUUGUGCUGUAAAGUUGUUUUUAAUUUUGCACUUGAGCCCUCAAUAUAAUGUGAAUUUAAUAUUAUUAUUUAA